ACAUUCAUAAGAUGUCCUACGAAUGCCAUUCCAUAUUAAAUUGUCAUGAGUUAUAGAGUUGAUUCUAAUUUGCAUGGAUUUGGCAAUGACUAAUCCUCUUUAAAACACCGCCCUACUCCCAUAUACACACCCUGUUAAUGGCUUAUGCUAUAUUUACAACAGUGACUUACUUAGGAUGGGGAUAACAAAAUCUGAAGUCUAACAGAGCUGAAGUGCAUCGAUUUGGCAAAGACUGCUCUUUAGUGGCAAUUCCUAGAUCGGUAAGCCCAUCAUGGCCCACGGGAUUUGACGGACAGAAAUCCCUCUGACCGUUGGAUGGAGGAAGAUAAUUUAUCCAACAGAGGCACUUUAAGAUCUGAGCAGAUGCCGUUACGUGAUGAGGUGACAGAGGUUGGACUGGUAGACGCAAAACCUAUCUCCCACAGUACCAGCAAGCGGAAGAGAAAAAGUUCUUUUUCUGGGAUGAACAUCUGUGAGAACAACCUCAGAAGUUCUGGGGAGCAUGUUGAGAUGGUCGGCUGUGCAGAAGGGCCGUGCAAUCGGUCUCCCGAAAGGGUGCAAGAGAAAGACAAAACAGCUUGUGAACCCUUGGGAGCUACCACUCCCUCUAGACUUCUUCCUGGGCCAGUCUUGAGCCCUAAGAAGCGAAAGCUGAUUUUACACAUCGAUUUGAACAACACCAUCCUGGUCUCGGAUGCAAUUACUAAACAGGACCCCAGUGCGGCUUUAAACUGUUACCUGAGUACAGUGACCUGGGGAAAACUUAGCCACACAGGGGAGUGGCAGUGGGUCAGUGAGUCUCCCUCUUUGCACCCUCCCUGCCAAGGCGCUGUGAGUUUCUAUUCGCAGUAUGGCCGCAACACCAAAUUCACAGAGACGCCCUGUGGGAAGAAAUUCCAGGACCUUCACAGGCAACACUUGAAGCUGCUAGAAUGGCAGGCUCAGCCUCACCCUCAGCUCUCCGUCAAAGGUGAGCAGGCCAGGCACUACCACUUGGUGCUGCCUUCCUUCUUCCGCCUCCUGGAAAGCUUGCAUCGAGAAGGGAGGGAGUUUGCGGUCAUCUUUCGUACCUUCGGCACAGACCUGCCUCGUGUCCUGCGGGCGGUGAGCUGCGCCCUGGAGGGGCAGCACCCCGGCUUCCCUGCCCUGGGAGGAAUCUCGUUGCCUGUAGAUCUCAGGCUUGGAAAGAUACGUUGCAGCAAGAAAAAAGUGGCAUUGAGCCAUGGAGCCGAGCAGCUCUCCAGCGACGACGGGUGCAGGAAAAUGUAUGCCUAUUUCAGCUCCCGGGAAGGCAUCAGUGGUUUCCAGGACCACUUUGAAUGGUGGGCUAAGAAUAAUUAUUCCAGCCAAGGUGGAAAGCCCAUUUGGGUAGAUCCUCAGGACCCCAGAGUCCAACAUAUCUGUAUAGAUGACAACAUCCGACUGACCGAUUCCGACACCAUUGUCCAUCCUCAGGUAUUCUUAGGGCAAGGAGGUGACUCUCCCCAGACAAUUCCUACUUCGGAGCUCUAUGACAUCUGUCUAGUCCAAACAGACCUUCUGGAAGCCAUUGCCGAUGUGAACUAUUUCUGCCACUGCAUAAAACGCUGUGAAGAGAAUUACGAGAACUAUUUGUCCAGAGUUGGGGCCUGCACCUAAAGGCUCUUUGUGGUACUGCAAGGAGCAAAGAACUUGAAUCUCCCAGUUGGCUGCUGCUUGUCUACCUCCCAACGAAGUCAGUAUUCUUGUUUUAAUUUCCUGGUGAGGGCUCCAUGUUGGAAGCUUCUUGAGAAGAAAGCUGGGCCUUCAAGCAAGGAAACAUGCUGCCUGUUUCCUCUGUUGCUGCCUGAAUCAGAGCAUCUAAAUAGAGGUGGCUGUGUUUUAUUUAUAAUAUUUAUUCAGCACUUAGUGGGUGGGAUUUUCUUGCCCUACAGAUGAGUGAUCUCCAAGAAGCUGGUGGCUCACCAACUCACCAACUGCACUUCAAAACUAUUCUAUAAGCCAGCCUUUCAUCUCCGACUGCUUUUGCUGGUAGCUUGGCUAUGAUGACCUCUGACCCUGAAACAUAAUGCCUGUGCUAAGCAAGCUGUGGAGAGAUAUGGCUUCAAGGGCAGCCAAAUGAGGAAUUCAACAAGCCAUUGAUGGUUGUGGGUUUACUAGAUUUCUGUCGCUUCAGUUCUCUGUCUCUGCUGGAUUCCCAGUGUUUGAGCUGAGUUUUGCUCUCUGCCAGCAUUGAUCUGUACACAGAAAAGAACCCAGCAUUUUAGAAAGAUAUAGAGACUAAUUUUACUGGCUGGAGAAAGGUGAUCCUGUCUUUCCUUGACAACCAGCCCCUUCCAGCUCUCUAGUUAAGAAAGUUUUUAAAAAACAACAACAACCACACACACACUUUUUCUUGAUUCUUUUGCCAAUUCACUGUGUAUGAGGUCUUUGAGAAUAUUUAUAGCUCAGGGCAGAACUGUGAGGUUCUCGGUCCUCUCUGAGCUGGGUUGUUUUCUUGUAGACAUUCCACUACCAAACUAAGGCAAGGUCAUCGGUGCACUGAUGACGUUACCUAGUUUGGUAAUGAAAGGUUUGCAAGAAAACAACCAAGCAAUGAUGGCACCAAGAGACCUCACAGUUCAACACUGAACUACAAGUAUUCUUUUUUUUAAUCAAUUCACUGUAUUGCUAUGUGGAGAAGACAGUACUUUGCUCACAACUUCCUCCUUCCCAAACCAGGUGAGCAGGAUUUGGUUUGUUGUUUUGAAUAUGAGCCCAGAAUUUUAGCUAUUGCUCAAAAGAAUAGCUUUUAACUCCCCAGCAGUGGGAAUUAGGAGUCAUUUGCUGGAGCUCAGCUAAAAAAGUCUGUUUCACGAGUCUGUUCUUGUCUUUUCCUGGGCUUUUAGGUAGCAUUUUGUCGUUGGAGAGAUCUGGUCCAAUGUAGCAGAUGUAGGAUGUAAGAUGUAGGAUGACACUUUCAGAAUGGUUAAAUGUAAAGAAAGGUAGUUUUAAGCACCAGCUGUUACUCAUUUUAAAUAAAGUAGUUUCUUUGUGCUCAUAACUGCAUAUUUCUGAACACCAGAUAGUGGAGUAUUAUAUCGCAUAAGAAGGUUUUGCUUUCUUGUUCCAGUUGUGUAUUUCUUAAAAACAAUUAUUUAGCCAUAGCCGGAUGCAGAAUUAAAAGGAUUCUUGGUUUGAUAUGUGAGGCUGAGGGGAUGUAAGAUGCUCUCUGUUGCAGGUCUCCAGAGAGCUAUUCAGUACAUUUCUGUACAAUUUUUUUUCUGUUCACAUCUAGUCCGUGGAGAGCACAGGCAAGAAAUUGAGAACAAGGCAAGGGCGGGUGACUUUUAAAUUUAGAGAACUUAACUAUAUGACAGUCCUCAGAUAUGCAAAUGGAGAAACACUCAGGGUUUUGCUGCAGAGGCCUGGCUACGAAUUCCUUGCCCAUCCAGCUGGAAAAUAUAGCUUGGGUAGAUUUUUUGCAGAGGUCAUUACUGGAUGCUAUAGCACAUUUUCACAUGGUUGUUGUAACCUUAUCUGCCGUGUCAUUUGUAAGCUGCUUCAGUGCCCAUAUGGUGAAUCUCAGGUAAGUGCCAGGCUAGCUGGCAAUGCCAGCCUGUGACAGUGACAAAUGCUGAAGAUUAGGAGCAUUUCUCCUCUGGCCCUCCAUAGCCCAGGUGCAAUUAAAAAAUACAAUUGAUCGGCCUGCCCUCAAAGAGUCACGGAAGUGGAAUUAGGGGGACAUUCUGAACAGCUUCACCCAAACCUGCCUUUCUGGAGGCUGGUGUUAAGAUUUAUAUACUGAACCAGAGGCCACUUUGGCCCAGGCUGUGGGGACUGUAACCAUCUGCCUUCAAAUAAUCAGAAAGAGGCUGAGCUUGUUGGAGAUCAAUUUGUGAUGCUUAGUAACCAAUUGACUGGAGCAUUUUAUUUUUAUUUCACUUUCUCACUUUCUUGACAGUCGGGCUCAAGCACUCCACAUUUAGCAUCUGUGUGGCAGGGUCCCUUGCUUGGGUUUUCAUUCAUAACUGAUUUAGUACAUUAUUUUGAAAUGCCUAAGAUCUCACCAAAACCAGAGCUCACUUAAGCAUCACAGGAGAAAUGCUAUGUUAGUCUCUAGGUGGCAUCUGAUGAGCUGGAGCUGCUGAAAACUUCGACUUUUUAAUAAAGCCAGGUUGGUCGGAAAGGCUGCUUUCAAUUCCUCAGGAUUUCAAGCCAGUUUGGGAUCUCUGCCAAGAGAGGAGGGGAGGGCUAGCAAAAGGCUCUCAGCUGGAAGUGGUUUAAAAGGAGAGCAUUCUGCAGAUUGUGAAGUGGAAGCCUGAGGUAAGUGCUUUCUUGCCUUUGCAAAACAGGAUCCCCCCCCCUCUGGGGACCCUCCCCACCAGAACCCUUGAAUGACUGUUCCCACCCCUUCUCCCCUUUGCUUCCUGAGAAGUGAAUGGCAGCGGCUCUCCACCAAGUCCCUCCUCUUCAAUUACAGAUUCAGUUGCCAUCGAGACUGAGGGAUUUAGGUAACCGGCACCUCCUAUUUUGCACCUGCUAUAGAAAUCAGGCCUGCCCGGGCCUCCUCUUCCCGCUCUCCAGCUCUAUGAGAUUGUAGACUCUACAACGCUACUGCUAUUCAUAAACUUCCAGUCCCUCCCCCCCAGGGCCCAAUAGGAAGGUCAAGAUUUAAUGUUGCUGACAAGUAAUCAAGUAAUCGGGAGUAAGUCCCCGCUCCUGAGUCCCCAUGGUGGGAUCCCCGAAUUCAAUCAGUGUGAACUCUUUUACAGUCUUGAAUCUUUCAGCCACUAUUUUUGUACCAUUUGCAGAAGGUACAAUUAGAAUUGGCUUCCCCACCCUGAUUUCACCUUUUAAAAGUUGUUUUGAUUUUAAACGCUCCAGUUUUGAGGGCUUGAGCAGAGCUGUCUGGGGGAAGUUGGGGGUAAAAAAAAAAAAGAAGACAGACAGUGGCGAGCUAAUCUCUUUUCCAAAGCGACAAGGAGAUCUGCCUGGAUUGUAAAUUUCAAAAGUGGAGCUCGACUUGAUAAUGCUAUUGAAUUUUUUUAAAAAAACGUUUAUUCCAGAUAACGUCAGCCGUCCACAUUUCAUUGGUACCAAAAUAGGCUGCUGUAUAACCUUUUUUAAAAAUUACCUUUCAGGCACAAGCAAUGCACAUAUUAAAAGGACUAGGGGAUUAUGAUAGCAGUGAAAGGGAUAAAUUAAGGAUUAAGUAUAGAAUGUUUUCAAGAUUGUAAUUGGAAGGUUGUCUUUUUCCUUCCAGAAACCUGCAGAGGACUGAUUUUUUAUUACAUAUUAUUUGAGCAGGUGCUUGAACUUUGCACACUGUCCGAGUAAACUAGCUUUAUUUGGGCACUGUUGAAAGAGCAUUAUUUGUGUUCACUGUUGGGGCUUUGUUUGUAAACUCCCGUUACGUUUCAUGUGUCUGUUCAAAAAUUAAACCAAGGAAAGAGCCUAGAAAUAAAGUAUUUUGCAGA